GACGCUAGAAAGUGAAAAUUCUCGCAUCCCUCCUCUAUAAUUGAGUAAUUUCCCUCUAGGUUUUUGAGACUUCCUUCUUUUGAGCUCGCUCUUCGUCUUCCUAUUCGGCUCGAGUGCCUCUGUUUCCUGAUCCAGAUCGCGCCUCCGGAGAUUUAUAGGGGUUGUGAUGUCAACUGUCAGCUGAUUCCGUUGAAGUUCGUUUUCGGGGAACAACUUCCAAUGCCAGGAAAGGACUAAUUGCAUCUCUUUAGCGGCAAGAGACAGUUCGCUGAGUUUGUGAUUGAAUCAGAACCUUUUGCUACAGAUAUAAAAUACAAAAGAACGUACCCGAACAUACUUUGUCCAAGAUGACAAUGAAGAAUAAAAAAUUCUCUGGUGGAUAUUACAGGAAUACAUUUGAGAUGGCUGGAGAAUCAGAAGGGUCUGGUAGCUCCGGACGAAUUGACAUGGAGAUUGCUGCCUCUGAUGAUUCAAGUGUCCCAACAAGGAAAUGCAUAAAUCUGAAUAAUGAUAAGCAGGAAACACUUGGUGCCCCUUUCCAAGUCAUUUAUUUGUCUAACCUGUCGUCAUCCAAAAGAAAGAAAUUGAAGAGUAGGUUGAGAUCAGAACUGGAACAGAUACGAAUCCUUCAGAAGAGAUUUGGGUUUCAGAGAAUAAAUGGUGCUACAGUUUCAUCUUCUAGUGAUAUUCUUAGUUGUAGCAAUGGGCAAAAUGGACCUCAGGCAGAAAACUUUUGGAAAUCCUCUGUCGUGACUUCUACAAAUGGGAGGCAAGUGAAUAACAAGCCAGCCAAGGGACAAAAUUCGAAUCGGAAUGCUACUGGAAGAUUUGAGUCGACGAAACUGGCUCCUAGUUCGAGCACAACAAAUAGUAUAUUGAUGAAACAGUGUGAAACCUUGUUGAAACGGUUGAUGGCACAUCAGUAUGGAUUUAUUUUUAACACUCCUGUUGAUGCAGUGAAGUUGAAAAUACCGGACUAUCACACCAUCAUUACGAAUCCCAUGGAUUUGGGAACAAUAAAGAACAAAAUAACUUCUGGUCAAUAUUCUACCCCGUUGGAGUUUCUAUCUGAUGUGAGGCUUACCUUCUCCAAUGCAAUGACAUAUAAUCCAGCCGGUAAUGAUGUCCAUGUCAUGGCUGUUUCUCUCAGUAACUAUUUUGAAGUAAGAUGGAAAACUAUCGAGAAGAAAUUACCUGCAUCAGAACAAGUUGCAGUUAAGUUGAGUGCUCCUGAAGACUUGGAAACAGCAAAGUCAACACCUUCCUCCAAAAAAAGGAAAAUUUCUUCAAUCCACCAUGAAAUUAUACCUGAGCCGGUUAAGAAGGUAAUGACGGAGGAAGAAAAGAAUAGUCUUGGACGGGAAUUGGAAUCUUUACUUGGUGAAAUGCCUAUACAUAUUGUAGAUUUCUUGAGGGAGCGUAGUUCAAAUGGGAAGGAAUCUGGAGAAGAUGAGAUUGAGAUUGAUAUGGAUGAUCUCAGCGAUGACACCUUGUUAUCUUUGCGUAAACUCUUAGAUGACCAUUUUCAUGAGAAACAACAGAACCAAGCAAGAGCUGUACCUUGUGAAAUAGAGCUGUUGAAUGAAUCUGGCUUGAGCAAUUCAUCUAUGCAACAUUGUAAAGGGAAUGACCCUGAGGAUGAGGAGGUUGAUAUUGGUGGAAAUGAGCCUCCUGUCUCGAGUUACCCUACAGUGGAGAUAGAAAAGGAUGCAUGCUGUAGAAGAAACAAAUGUGUUAGUUCAGGCAGUUCCAGUGGAGCAGACUCAGGCAGUUCAUCUGAAAGUGAAUAUGAGAAUGCUAGAGAUUUAAGUCAAGUAGAUCAGCCAGAGGUACCUGGAGGUUUAGGCUAUGGUGCUGAAUUAGAUGAAAAGACGAAUGGCGGUGAUAAUAUUGACAGAGAUCAAUCUUUAAGUGGGUUGGAUCAGCUUGAGCAGAGUUCCCAACAGAAGCCAAGUUCUGUUGAUUCAGAUUGUCGCCAAGAUGGGGAUAGUGUUCCAAUUGAAAGGCAAAUCUCCCCUGAAAGGCUCUAUAGGGCUGCUCUUUUGAAAAAUCGAUUUGCGGAUACCAUUUUAAAGGCUCGAGAGAAGACACUUGCUCAGGGUGACAAGGGAGAUCCUGAGAAACUUCGUAGAGAGAGAGAGAAAAUUGAAUUGCAGAGAAGAAAAGAAAAAGCUCGACUACAAGCAGAAGCAAAGGCUGCUGAAGAUGCUCGAAGGCGAGCUGAAGCAGAAGCUGUAGCUGAGGCUAAACGACAGCGGGAACUCAAGAGAGAAGCAGCACGACAGGCAUUGCGGCAGAUGGAAAAGACUGUUGAAAUUAAUGAAAAUUGUAAUUCUAUUGAAGACCUAGAAUUGCUUAGAGCUGCACCUGCUGACCAUUUGCCAAGCUCUGUUGAUGAAACAAGCCCAGAGCAUUCCCACGAUGGCUUGGGUGCUUUCAAGUUUGGGGGUAGUAACCCCUUGGAGCAACUUGGUCUAUUCAUGAAAGCAGAUGAAGAAGAAGAAGAAGAAGAAGAAGGUGAGCCACCUCAUGUUCCGAAUCCUGUAAAUGAUGUGGAGGAAGGGGAAAUUGAUUGAGUUAAGGAUGUUAUGUUCUUGCAUGAAUAGACAGCUAAUGGACAGUUUGAUUCAAGUCUUUGUUCGCUUGCUUUCUCCCGCUUAUUAUUACAUCAUCUUGGCAGUUACCUCUCCGAGAACAAGCACAGAGACUUGAUAUUUAUUGUGAUGUUAUCUGCAUUUGCAUUUUGUGUGGUAAGAGUUAAAAAAUCAGUCUUUCCAAUUUAUUGUAAUACUGUAGGUUCGUUAUGGAGUUUUCUUAGCUAGAAAAAAUUGUACAUAGCAGUUUUAAGGUUAAGGAGCGGUUUGUAAUUCCUAUUUGAGGCUUGGGAAUUCUUUGUACCCAUGUUGAGACUAACUGUAACAGCUUAACUAGACUACUAAUCAUUAUUAUGUUUUUGGCUACAA